AUGACCGACAUACAGGUAGAAUUACAGCCCGUGCUGGACCCUGGAUACGGCUCGGGAGGCUGGAGCAAGGUUGCGAAAGUUAGGAAAGUUCCGGUACCCGUUGAACUUUGGCCUAUACUUCGUAUCUGA